AUGGAAAACAACAAGGCAUUCACGCUAGCAAACGGAGGUAAAGCUUCUUUUUUUGACUGUCACCGUCACUUCUUGCCACUUAAUCACAGGUACAGAAAGAACAGAAAAGAUUUCUUUGUUGGCAGAGUUGAAAAAGAUGUUGCAUCCCCACGUCUUUCUGGUGAAGAAUUGCAUGAUGUUGUCUCAGAGUACGGUGAUAUUGUGUUUGUCCUUCAAUCAGGUAAGCAAAAGUUUCCUGGUUUUGGUUUGACCCAUAAUUGGGUAAAGCGAAGUAUCUUUUGGGAGCUUCCUUAUUGGAAGACCAAUCUGCUCCGCCAUAACCUUGACGUCAUGCACAUCGAAAAGAACAUGCUUGAGAACAUUUUCAACACCGUCAUGGAUGUGAAGGGGAAGACAAAGGACAACAUCAAGGCUAGAUUGGAUAUAGCUUUAUACUGUAACCGUAAAAAUAUGGAGUUGGUUUAUGAUGAGUCACGGGUCGCAAAACCAAGAGCAAGCUUCGUGUUAGAGAAAAACGCACAACUGCUAGUCUACAAAUGGCUUAAGAGUCUGCGUUUUCCAGAUGGACAUGCAUCGAACAUAUCAAGGCUGGUUAAUAUAGAUGACUGCAGAUUGUAUGGAAUGAAGAGUCAUGACUGCCACGUGUUUAUGCAAACACUCAUCCCAUUAGCUUUUCGUGAUUUGUUGCCAAAGGGAAUAUGGGAUGCAUUCAUGGAGAUCAGUCAUUUCUUCAGAGAUAUAUGCUCCAGCAAGUUGAAUGUUGAUCACAUUGAGAGGCUUCAAACGAAUAUCGUCAAGACACUAUGCAAACUUGAGAUGAUAUUCCCUCCAUCAUUUUUUGACUCAAUGGAGCAUCUCCCUAUACAUCUACCGUUCGAGGCAAAAGCUGGAGGACCGGUCCAAUAUAGAUGGAUGUACCCAUUCGAACGGUACUUGUUUAAUCUCAAGAAAAAGGUUAAGAACAAGGCGCAUGUUGAGGCUUCGAUAUGUGAGGCCUAUAUUGUUGAGGAGAUCUCAACAUUUAUCUCGUACUAUUUCGAACCUCAUCUGAGAACGAGAAUCAAUCACGUUCCACGACAUGAUGAUGGCGGUGAAGUGCCUUCCAGUGGAAACUUGUCAAUAUUCUCCAAUACUGGACGACCCACACCUAAAAAUGCCGUAAGAGGAAGAUAUUUAUCAGAAAUAGAGUUCAAACAAGCACAUAACUAUUAUCUAUUUAACUGUGAUGAGCUGAGACCUUUUAUUCAGUAAGUUUAUACUAAUUAAACUUUGUUAGUAAUAUACUGUUAAUUAUAUAUUGUAAUAUCAUACACUCAUUAUCACUUGUAGGCAACAUCGACAAUAUUUGCUCUCCAAUAACUCACAGCUGACCGAAUCCCAGAUCUUUCAAUUACAAGAUGAACAGUUUGCCACGUGGUUCAGAACACAUGUAAGCACUAUCACAAACUCAUUCUAACUUGCAAAAUUACUGUACGUAUGCAUGUCAUUACGAGAUUCUCGUUCAUUUACUGUUUAUUGAUGUACAUUACAUACAAGGUUUAUCAAAUGGGAAGGAGUGCGCCUAAGCCAUUGUCUUCACUAAGCCUGGGGCCUGAAAGAAAAUGUAAGUGCUACAACGGGUAUUUAGUCAAUGGAUAUGUUUUCCAUACUGAAGAAUACAGGCAAGGAAGAAAGACAUACAACAACGGUGUUUGUGUUAAGGGAUCCACUAGUAGUGAGUUAGAAGUUGACUACUAUGGUAGAUUAGAAGAGGUCGUCGAACUACAAUAUCAUAACGAGCAGAAUAUAGUGUUUUUAUUCAAAUGCUAUUGGUAUGACACGACUGACAGAGGAAUCAGAGUUGAUCCGCACUAUGGUCUGGUCGAAAUCAACUCAAAAGCUAGACUCCGCAACAUAAACGAUGUCUUUGUUUUCGCAAAGCAAUGUCAACAAGUUUAUUACACAUACACCCCUUCAUUUAGAAAGGAUCAAUUAAGAGUGGAUUGGUUGUCCGUUUUAAAAACAAAACCCCGGGGUCGUGUCGAGGUUGUUCAGGAUGAGAACGAAGACACAAGUGU